AUGGACCCAGGAAACGAUACAGAUAUUUCAGAAUUUCUUCUUAAGGGAUUUUCAGAAGAACCAGAACAGCAGCUCCUCAUAUUUGGGUUUUUCCUCUCCAUGUACCUUAUCACUGUGUUUGGGAACCUGCUCAUCAUCCUGGCCAUCAACUCUGACUCCCACCUCCACACCCCCAUGUACUUCUUCCUGGCCAACCUGUCCUUUGUAGACAUCUGCUUCACGUCCACCACCGUCCCGAAGAUGCUUCUGAACAUCCGGACCCAGAGCAAGGUCAUAACCUAUGCAGGCUGCAUCACACAGAUGUAUUUUUUCACACUCUUUGCAGGAUUAGACAUCUUUCUCCUGACUGUGAUGGCUUAUGACCGCUUUGUGGCCAUCUGUUGCCCCCUGAACUACAUGGUCGUCAUGAACCCCCGGCUCUGUGGACUGCUGGUUCUGGUGUCCUGGAUCACGAGUGUCCUGCAUUCCUUGUUAGAAAGCUUAAUGGUGUUGCAACUGUCCUUCUGUACAGUCUUGGAAAUCCCCCACUUUUUCUGUGAACUCAAUCAGAUGAUCCAAUUUGCCUGUUCUGACACCUUUCUCAAUAACAUGGUGAUGUAUUUUGGAGCUAUGCUGCUGGGUGGUGGUCCCUUCAUUGGAAUACUUUACUCGUACUAUAAGAUAGUUUCCUCCAUACGUGGGAUCUCAUCAGCUCAGGGCAAGUAUAAAGCAUUUUCCACCUGUGCAUCUCACCUCUCGGUUGUCUCUCUAUUUUAUUGUACUGGCUUGGGAGUGUACCUCAGCUCUGCUGCUGCCCAGAGCUCCCACUCAAGUGCAACAGCCUCAGUGAUGUACACGGUGGUCACGCCCAUGCUGAACCCCUUCAUCUACAGCCUGAGGAACAGAGACAUAAAGGAGGCUCUGAUGAGAUUCUCUGGGAUGGCAGCUACAAAAGGGCCAAUUGUCCUGGGCUGA